CUUAUACUUCUGUACCGUACUAUUCCCGCUCAAAUCCUCUUUCUACCUCACCACCACAACUACUACCACCACCGACUCUAUACUUUGCUUUCAGGUAUUGCCACUCACCACCACGCGUCCUCAUAUAGGACCACGCUCGUAGUUGCAGGACCUGUCAACCACCUUUAAUGGCAUUUCUACCGCCAGGACCCCCUCCACCUCGUCCUCCGGGGUAUGAACCACCUGGGGCUCCUCCUCCUCCUCCUCCUCCUGAGGAUACGAGCGAGGAAAAGCCUUCAAAGUUCGCAAAAAACGCGUCGACUGACAAAGUUAUUCAAGAACGCGUCCGAAAAUGGCGAACCAUGCAAAAAUUGAAAUAUGGACCUAAACGAAAGCAGGGAUAUGUUCAGACAGAAAAGGCACCGCUUCCUCCGGAGCAUUUACGUAAAAUUAUGAAAGACAGAGGUGAUAUGUCAUCAAAAAAAUAUCGUUCUGACAAACGGUCGUACUUGGGUGCUUUAAAAUACUUGCCACAUGCAAUCUUAAAACUGCUGGAGAACAUUCCUAUGCCUUGGGAAGAAUACCGUGAAGUUCCAGUUCUCUAUCAUGUUACAGGCGCUAUUACUUUUGUUAACGAGGUUCCUCGGGUUAUUGAACCUCAAUACAUUGCACAGUGGGGAACCAUGUGGGUUAUGAUGCGUCGUGAAAAGCGUGACCGUAAGAACUUUAAGCGUCUUCGGUUUCCUCCCUUCGAUGAUGAAGAACCACCUUUUUCUAUAGACCAGCUUCUUGAUUUAGAACCAUUGGAAGCAAUUCGUAUGGAUCUAGACGAAGAAGAUGAUGCCCCGGUUUACGAUUGGUUUUACGAUCAUCGUGCGCUCGAGGGAACUCGUCACAUAAAUGGAUCGACAUACAAACGAUGGAAGCUGAAUCUUCCACAGAUGGCCAACUUACAUAGACUUGCGUAUCAAUUGCUUAGUGAUUUACGGGAUAACAAUUACUUUUAUCUGUUUAACGACAAAAGUUUUUUUACAGCCAAAGCUUUGAAUGUUGCUAUUCCCGGAGGCCCCAAGUUUGAACCUCUUUACAAGGAUGAAGCUCCCGAGUCAGAAGAUUGGGAUGAGUUCAACGACAUCUACAAACUUAUUAUUCGUUAUCCUCUUCGUACCGAAUAUCGUGUUGCAUUCCCCUACCUCUAUAAUUCCCGAGUCCGCAGCGUACGCGUCAGUGAAUAUCACCAACCUCCAAACGUUUUUGUGCCUCCUGAGGAUCCAGAUUUGCCUGCAUUUUUUUGGGAUCCGUUAAUCAACCCUAUUACCUCUCGGCAGUUGGACACAUUUGUGUUAGAAAAAUCACACGAGGAUGAUGUAUUUGAUGAGGGUGAUGAUUUUGAGGUUCCCUUCGACCCAUUUUUUAACGAUGAAGAACUGGAAACUGAAGAUACGGUUAGUGCAUUGACAUUAUGGUGGGCACCGCAUCCAUUUAAUAAGCGCUCUGGACAGACAAAGCGUGCUCAAGAUGUUCCUUUAGUUAAACAUUGGUAUUUGGAGCAUUGCCCUCCUAACCAACCUGUGAAGGUUCGUGUGUCUUAUCAGAAAUUAUUGAAAACACAUGUGCUUAACUCCCUUCAUACACCAUAUCCAAAAUCUCAUACGAACCGGAGCUUGUUCCGUCAAUUAAAGAACACAAAAUUUUUUCAGACCACAACGAUUGACUGGGUUGAGGCCGGUCUGCAAGUUUGUCGGCAAGGCUACAACAUGUUACAGCUUCUUAUUCACCGGAAAGGUUUAACGUACUUGCAUUUGGAUUAUAAUUGCAAUCUGAAACCUACAAAAACCCUUACUACGAAAGAGCGUAAAAAAUCGCGAUUUGGUAAUGCAUUCCAUCUAAUGCGUGAAAUUUUACGGCUCACAAAGCUCAUUGUGGAUUCGCACGUUCAAUAUCGUUUAGGUAAUAUUGAUGCUUAUCAACUUGCUGAUGGUCUUCACUACAUAUUCAAUCAUGUUGGUCAACUCACUGGCAUGUAUAGAUACAAAUACCGCCUUAUGAGACAGAUUCGUGCUUGUAAGGACCUGAAGCAUCUUAUUUACUACAGAUUUAACACGGGACCCGUAGGCAAAGGUCCCGGAUGUGGUUUCUGGGCGCCUAGUUGGCGUGUCUGGCUGUUCUUUUUAAGAGGUAUUGUACCUCUCUUGGAGAGAUGGCUUGGUAAUCUUUUGGCUCGACAAUUCGAGGGUCGUCAUUCUACUGGAAUUGCUAAACGUGUAACAAAACAGCGAGUUGACUCGCACCAGGAUCUAGAAUUGCGUGCUGCUGUUCUGAAUGACAUUUUGGAUAUGAUUCCUGAAGGAAUUCGUCAAGGCAAAAGCAAAACAAUUUUACAACAUCUUAGUGAAGCUUGGAGAUGUUGGAAGGCGAAUAUUCCCUGGCGUGUCCCUGGUCUUCCUGCACCCAUUGAAAAUAUGAUUUUGCGCUAUGUUAAGGCAAAAGCUGACUGGUGGAUUUCGGUUGCGCAUUUCAAUCGUGAACGUAUUCGCCGUGGAGCAACUGUUGAUAAAACUGUUGCGAAAAAGAAUUUAGGUCGUUUGACUCGUCUCUGGCUUAAAGCUGAGCAAGAACGUCAGCACAAUUAUCUCAAAGAUGGACCUUAUGUAACGUCUGAUGAGGCAGUUGCCAUUUAUACGAGUGUUGUUCAUUGGCUUGAAAGUCGAAAAUUCCAACCUAUUCCAUUUCCACCUUUGUCCUAUAAGCAUGACACAAAGCUAUUGGUCCUUGCCCUUGAACGUUUGAAAGAAGCUUACUCUGUGAAGGGUAGGUUGAACCAGUCGCAGAGGGAAGAAUUGGCUUUGAUUGAGCAGGCAUAUGAUAAUCCUCAUGAAAUGCUUUCUCAAAUCAAGAGACGACUUUUGACAAUGCGCACGUUCAAGGAAGUUGGUAUCGAGUUUAUGGAUAUGUACUCACAUCUUGUACCUGUUUACUCAGUCGAUCCGAUGGAAAAGAUUUGUGAUGCUUACCUGGAUCAAUAUCUUUGGUUUGAAGCUGAUCGCAGACACUUGUUCCCCUCUUGGAUUAAGCCGUCUGAUACAGAACCCCCUCCAUUGCUUGUGUAUAAGUGGUGUCAAGGUGUUAAUAAUCUGCAGGAUGUUUGGGAAACGUCUGAAGGAGAGUGUAAUGUUCUUUUGGAGACUCAAUUUUCCAAGGCAUUCGAAAAGGUUGAUCUUACAUUACUAAAUCGUUUACUUUCUCUGCUUAUGGAUACUAAUCUUGCCUCUUACUGCACAGCAAAGAACAAUGUUGUUCUUUCCUACAAAGACAUGUCUCAUACAAACUCCUAUGGUUUGGUUCGCGGUCUGCAGUUUUCCAGUUUUGUUUGGCAGUUUUAUGGUCUUGUACUGGAUAUUCUCGUCUUGGGACUUCAACGUGCUAGUGAAAUAGCUGGUCCUCCUGAAGCACCCAACGAGUUCCUUCAGUUUAAGAAUAAAGAAACGGAAACGAAACAUCCUAUUCGUUUGUAUACUCGCUAUAUUGACAAGCUCUAUAUAAUGUUUCGGUUUACCGCUGAUGAGGCUCGCACAUUGAUCCAGCGUUAUCUUAACGAGAAUCCCGAUCCUACGAACAGCAACAUUGUUAAUUACUCUAAAGGUAAGAAGAACUGUUGGCCUCGGGAUGCUCGUAUGCGGUUGAUGAAGCAUGAUGUAAAUCUUGGAAGAGCAGUGUUCUGGGAAAUCCGUAAUAGAUUGCCACGAUCAUUGACUACUUUAGAGUGGGAUGACACUUUUCCUAGUGUUUACAGCAAAGAUAAUCCUAAUUUGCUGUUCUCUAUGGCUGGUUUUGAAGUUCGGAUCCUUCCUAAGAUUCGUCAGAAUGAGGAAUUUUCUCUCAAGGACGGCGUUUGGAAUCUUUCCAACAAUGUUACGAAAGAACGAACUGCACAGGCGUUUGUUCGUGUCACUGAAGAUGAAAUUCAAAGGUUUAACAAUCGUAUCAGACAGAUUCUGUUGUCUUCUGGUUCCACUACUUUUACUAAAAUUGCUAACAAAUGGAAUACUGCUCUCAUUGCAUUGAUGACCUAUUUUAGAGAAGCUGCAAUUUCAACGCCCGAGUUGCUCGAUUUAUUGGUAAAAUGUGAGUCGAAAAUCCAAACUAGGGUUAAGAUUUCACUUAACUCCAAAAUGCCCAGUCGUUUCCCUCCAGCUGUGUUUUAUUCACCUAAGGAAUUAGGUGGCUUGGGAAUGUUGUCAAUGGGCCAUAUCCUUAUUCCUCAGUCUGAUCUUCGCUGGUCAAAGCAGACUGAUACAGGUAUCACCCAUUUCCGCAGUGGUAUGACUACGAAUGGAGAGCAUUUAAUUCCUAACCUCUAUCGCUACAUCCAGCCUUGGGAGUCAGAGUUUGUUGAUUCACAACGUGUGUGGGCAGAGUAUGCAAUGAAGAGACAAGAGGCACUGCAACAAAAUCGUCGUUUAACUUUGGAAGACUUGGAAGAUUCUUGGGAUAGAGGUAUUCCAAGAAUUAAUACGUUGUUCCAAAAAGAUCGCCAUACUCUUGCGUACGAUAAGGGUUGGCGUAUUCGGACAGAAUUUAAACAAUAUCAAUUGUUAAAGAACAACCCUUUCUGGUGGACAAGUCAGCGACAUGACGGUAAGUUGUGGCAGUUAAACAAUUACCGUGUUGAUGUUAUUCAGGCACUUGGAGGUGUUGAAGGCAUUCUUGAACAUACAAUGUUUAAGGCUACUGGAUUCCCUUCGUGGGAGGGUUUGUUUUGGGAAAAGGCUUCUGGUUUCGAAGAAUCCAUGAAAUUCAAAAAACUUACUAAUGCUCAACGUUCUGGUCUUAACCAAAUUCCUAACAGAAGAUUUACACUCUGGUGGAGUCCCACUAUUAACCGUGCUAAUGUGUAUGUUGGUUUUCAAGUUCAGCUUGAUUUAACAGGUAUCAUGAUGCACGGUAAAAUUCCCACACUAAAAAUCUCUCUGAUUCAAAUUUUCAGAUCACAUUUGUGGCAGAAAAUUCACGAAUCUGUCGUAUGGGAUUUGUGUCAGGUUUUCGAUCAGGAACUGGAGUCUUUGCAAAUUGAAACUGUCCAGAAGGAAACUAUCCAUCCCAGAAAAAGUUACAAAAUGAACAGUUCUUGUGCUGAUAUCCUUCUUUUUGCUGCGUAUAAAUGGAACGUGUCUCGUCCGUCCCUCCUCAAUGAUAAUCGUGAUGUUUUAGACGGAACAACCUCCAAUAAAUAUUGGGUCGAUGUUCAGCUACGUUUUGGAGAUUAUGAUUCUCACGAUAUUGAACGCUAUACUCGUGCUAAAUUCCUUGACUAUACUACGGAUUCCCAGAGUAUGUACCCCUCUCCUACCGGUGUACUUAUUGGAAUCGAUCUUUGUUACAAUAUGCACAGUGCUUAUGGCAAUUGGAUACCGGGAAUGAAGCCUCUUAUCCAACAGAGUAUGAACAAGGUUAUGAAGGCUAAUCCUGCACUAUACGUUUUGCGCGAACGUAUCCGUAAGGGUUUGCAACUCUAUGCAUCAGAACCUCAAGAACAAUAUCUGUCAUCAUCAAAUUAUGCUGAGCUAUUCAGUAAUCAAAUACAACUUUUUGUUGAUGAUACGAAUGUGUAUCGUGUAACGAUUCACAAAACCUUUGAGGGUAACUUGACGACAAAACCUAUUAACGGUGCUAUCUUUAUUUUUAAUCCCAGAACGGGACAGUUAUUCCUUAAGAUUAUUCAUACUUCUGUCUGGGCUGGUCAAAAGCGUUUGGGUCAGUUGGCUAAAUGGAAGACAGCUGAGGAAGUUGCUGCCUUGAUUCGUUCGCUCCCUGUAGAAGAGCAACCAAGACAAAUUAUUGUUACGAGAAAGGGUAUGUUGGAUCCAUUGGAGGUUCAUUUGCUCGAUUUCCCCAACAUUACUAUUAAAGGAAGUGAACUUCAACUCCCCUUCCAAGCCAUUAUUAAGUUAGAACGGAUAAACGAUCUGAUUCUCCGGGCCACCGAACCUCAAAUGGUUUUGUUCAACCUAUAUGACGAUUGGCUUCAAUCAAUUUCCUCGUAUACUGCGUUUUCACGUCUUAUUUUGAUCUUGAGAGCAUUAAACGUUAAUACCGAAAAAACGAAACUAAUUCUUCGUCCGGAUAAAACUGUCACAACAAAAGAGCAUCACAUAUGGCCAAGCUUGGAUGACCAACAAUGGUUGGAUGUUGAACCUCAACUGCGUGAUCUAAUUCUCGCUGAUUAUGCAAAGAAAAAUAAUGUAAAUGUUGCAAGUCUCACAAAUUCUGAAGUACGUGACAUUAUUUUGGGUAUGGCUAUUACCGCGCCUUCGCUGCAACGUCAGCAAAUUGCUGAAAUCGAAAAACAGGGACGUGAUUCAGCUCAAGUCACGGCUACCACAACUAAAACUACCAAUGUUCACGGAGAGGAAUUGGUUGUUACUACAACUUCUGCUUACGAAAAUGAACGGUUUAGCAGCAAAACGGAGUGGAGAAAUAGAGCAAUCUCCGCAUCUACUCUCCAUCUUCGUACCAAGAAUGUCUAUGUCAAUUCGGAUAACAUCAGUGAUGAUUCCAAGUUCACAUACAUCUUGCCAAAAAAUAUUCUUCGAAAAUUUGUUGUCAUUAGUGAUUUGAGAACUCAAAUUGCUGGAUUUUUGUAUGGCCGCAGCCCGCCAGACAAUGACAGCAUUAAGGAGGUUCAGUGCAUUGCUCUUGUUCCUCAACUUGGAAGUAUAAAGAAUGUUCAGCUUCCUACAAAAUUACCUCAUGAAAUUGGUGCACCUAUCGUUGAUGGACUUGAACCCUUGGGUUGGAUUCAUACCCAAAAUAUGGAAUUACCUUACUUGUCUUCAGCUGAUGUUACCACUCAGGCAAAAUACAUGACUGAUCAUCCGGAAUGGGGAGAUAAGGCAAUAACUCUAACAGUUAGCUUUAUCCCUGGUUCCAUAUCCUUGGCCGCGUAUGGUUUACGGCCUGAGGGUAUUGAUUGGGGUAGUAAAAACAUGGAUAUCAACAGUGAUGAAGCUAUUGGGUACGAUCCUAAAAUGAUAAAGAAGUGUCAGCUUUUGCUUUCGGAUCGGAUUACGGGUUUCUUCCUUACGCCGGAGGAAGAUGUUUGGAAUUAUAAUUUCAACGGUGCUAGCUUCAGUGCUAACAUGACUUAUGCAAUGAAGCUUGAUGUUCCUUUACCGUUUUUCGCAUUGGAUCACAGACCUACUCAUGUUAUCAACUACACAGAGCUUGAAGCUAAUGAGCACUAUGAAGAAGAUAGACCUGAUGCGUUUGCAUAGGUUCUGGUUAUGACUGUCAACGUUUAAAAAGUUGUGAAUUAUCUUUGAUUGUACAGAUGUUUGGACGUAAAUCUAUUAUUAGGUAGUAACGAGUUUUGUCAAACAUAAAUCAGAA